AUGGCAGGUUCACCACAAGACGACAUUUCAGUCAAGGCUGAACUCGACUCAGGCCAGAAGCGAAACCGACCCGAGCGUUCAAGUGCUCAGCAUCGUGCUUCUAUCGCUUGCAUCCAAUGCCGUACCAAGCACUCUAGGUGUGAUGGGUACAUGCCCUCCUGUACACGCUGCAAAAACGAUGGGAAAGUAUGUCAGUAUGCCAAGUCACGGCGAGGAAUUCGCGAUCCGAAGAAACGCAACAUGAUCAAGGAUGAGGCUUCGGUGACAGACCAAGACACCAGAACGGAGAGUACACCUUCGCCUAAUCCUCCGAGUAUCGAUAACCCCCUUCGCAGCCAGAUGCGUCUCUUGGAUCUGUACUAUGCCAAUUUCCAUGUCGCACAUUCGUGGCUACCACCAAAACCGACUUACGAACAGCUUUUACAAGAAGAACCGAUUGAAAUGCGAUUUCUUGAAGCAACAGUCGACUACAUUGGCUCUCUAUACUCCAGCACAGAUAGCACGCCGUUGUGGGAACGAGCUUACGGGAUGUUCCAGGGCCCUCUUCCUUUAACACGUUGGUCUGUGCAAGCACUUCUAUCCUUAUCCGUUGCUUCGUUCGGCGAGGAAAACAGUAUUUAUCGCUAUCUAUUCGGCCAGGCUCGCGAAUAUGCACUACAGCUUGGACUUCAGCACAAAAGCUAUGCCGAUGAACAUGAUAGCAUCAUUGCUGAAUCGUGUCGUCGAACGUACUGGGGGUUAUACAUUCACGAGAUGUUACUAGACAUGAGAGAUGCCUCAGGUCGUCAACUUCUAUACCUAACAAAAUCGAAUGGGUGUCCAGAGCUGCCUUGUGGAGAGCGGGAGUACCUGGAGUGCCAGGACGGCAAAUUCCCCGUUCAGAACCCACCUCACCAACACUCCUCUUGGGCCUAUCUCGUCGGUCUCAUGGAAAUUCACGACCAUUAUGUGGCAUCGCUUCUCAAGGGCUUUGAGUUAAACUUGGAUGCACUUGAAGAGACGAACCAACGUAUUACUUCAUGGAGGUUAAGUCUCAAAGAUUCGAGGAUAGACCGUGUGGACGAUGAUGGGAUGGUCGAUAUGAUAAUAUAUCAUGCUUUGGCUCUUUCGUACGGUCUCCAGAUUCACUCCAACACCGAAGCUCCAGAGAUCGCUCGUAGUAGGCACUCGGAAUAUGGAGGUCACUCACAUGGUAGCGUGGCCCCAGAACCAAACGUCUUACUGCCGCACACUCUUCAACCGUCGUUGCGCUUGAUAUCACUCUUCGUCCACAUCCAGCCAGAGAAGUUUUCUCCGUCCUGUAUGCCCUACCUGAAGAUGGUACUGGACCCUCUUGCCGCCAGUCCCGAUCACAGAUCAAGGGCUGAUUUUUUGUUGGACAACCUUAAAGAGUCUGGCAAGUUCUGGUCCAGAUCAAAGACGCUCUUAAAGACUCUGGAGGAUAUGCUAAUGAGUGCUACGCACGGAGCCUCGCACGCAGCGCAGUUCCCAGCCAUGGCAACCGUUCCUGGCACACACUCAUUAUCACAUACGUACGAACCUCUCUGGUACAUGUCGAACACAGCGGGAUAUAUGGUACCUUGGCCAGAGUAUGCUGCGCAGUCAGGUAUGCCUUGGCCAGGGAUGUUACCCCAGGGCUUCAGUGAUGGGUCGGCAUCAUCUGUGGUGGCCACAACUUCAGGAGAAUCUUUCCAGAGUUACAGUAUCGAAGCAGAGGGCAGCGAUGGUAGAUCAGGAACGUUGUCUCCCCAUGUAAAGACUGAGGCACAAUGGAGGUAA